AUACUGUUCUCCUAUUCCGUUCGUCUUCUGUAUAUAAAAGGUAAAUUUGUUUUAAGGGUUUAAUAGGGACUAUAGGAGUGUAUUAUAACUUUUCUGCACCCGGUUUCCACAAGUACAUAUAAAUGGCCAGUUGGGCAGAUCUGUCGUUUGAUUUGGUUGAUUCCAUCGCCCAACGCCUGCAUUCAUCCUAUGCAACCCAUAUCCGCUUCCAAGUCGUGUGCAAGUCAUGGAGACGAUGCCUCAACAACAACCGAAGAACACGCCCCCAAAUUCCAUGGCUGAUGCUGCCAUACAAACAAGAAUCCACCCUCCGUAGGUUCUACUGCUCAGUAGACAAGAAACCUUACCAUCUAGAUCUGCUAGUAGGAAAGGAGGCUGAACCCACCGUGUGCAAAGGUUCCUUCGGCGGAUGGUCAUUGUACGUCGAGGAAAGCUCGAGAUUGCAACUCCUCAAUCCACUCUCGAAACGCCUAAUCCAUCUCCCUCCCUUAACCACCUUCCCUAAUGUCAUCCACCACGACCCCAACAGGCUCCACGAGGAAUACUACAUUGUCCACGAGCAUAACAGAAACCUCAAUUAUCACAGACUAUGCGCCUCCUUCUCUACCACGUCGACUAGUACCACCGCCGAUCCAUGUGUGUUUAUGGCGAUUUACGGCCAAUGCGAAAGGCUGGCCUUCUGCAGAAUUGGGGAUGAAAAUUGGUCCCCUGUUUCGACCGUCGAGGAGCACAGCUUCUUCCAAGAUGUGGUGUUCCACGACGGCAAGUUCUAUGCUGGAAGACAGCUAAUGGUUUUGGAGUGCGACCUCCAUUCGUUACAACAACCGCAACGAAUCCCCGUGGAGUCUCCCUAUCAUCGCACUCCCAUUGACAUAAGCUUUCUACAUCGCGGCAUCCAGAGACGACGGGCUGAUGAUGAUUGUUAGGUAUUAUAAGUGUAAAGGGACUUCUGUUGAGGGCUACGGCAGAGUGUGCAGUUAUCGGACCACGAAAUUUGAGAUUUUCAAAUUGGUAUUGGUUAAGACUACGGAGUAGGUUGGAUUCCAGGAACAAGUCUGUUCUCAUUUUUUGUCUUACCCCCUGAAAAAUAGAGUUAUUGCCGUAGCUAUCUUCUUCCAUCCUAUAGUUGCUUUAUAUCGAGACUUGUAGCUUGAUUCUUUACUCAUUCCAUACUGGGAAGAAUUGCAGAAAAUCUUUCGAUAACACUUCUUCCUAUUUCUCAAUGAUAUCGGCAAUUCCCGUGAAACUGUUUCAUUUCAUAGAAGUUAAUUCUUAUUCUUACAAAGCAAAUAGCAUUUCCUAUUGAUUUGUCCCCUGGACUGGACCUAAAAUGAUUGAGAAUUAACCAGAUGAUGGUAU